AUGGUAGUCCAAGCUAAUUUUCUUGGUAGUGAUACCUCCGGGGCGGCACGUACCAUCUGGUGGACUGGGCGAAAAGGAGUGAUAUUUGUAUCUGACCAAGCCUAUGUUUUGUCCGUUUUGGAGGCGAGUUGGCCACACGCCCGGCGAUUUGGCUUAGGGGCCGAAGUCGCAUUGAGACGGAUUGAGGCGGAUCUUCUUGGGAGUGUGGAGACGGCGGAUAGGCAGUUUGCCACGCCAGUUGUUAACUUCAGCGCAUUGGAAAGCAAAUACGAUAAUUGGCCAACGCGCAAAGUGGCCUCGACAGGCCAGGUUGCAUGUGCCCAUGUGUCCAUGUAA